AUGUUUCCAUCAUUUUCAUCUUUGAGUGAUCGCUCGCGGAAGCAACAAAAAUUAAUUGAUAGAUUAUCCCUCGACAGUCAAUUAGAAAAGACGAAAGAAAAAGCGUAUGGUCAAGCUUUUAUCAACCCUGACACUUUCAGUUUAGAUCCUUUCAAACCACAUACAUCGGUCGGGACGCAAACCGAGAGCUCGACUUCAACCACCACAUCAAGUUCCGAUCCACGUGCAACUCCUCCGAGUCGUGAGAGUGAUGAGUAUGCUCUUAUGGCAGCUGAAGACGUCCGAUCUCAAUUUCUUCGCUACGAGACAAAACUAGAGCAAAUGUAUGAUCAAGCAGUUCUCGCUAUCAAUCAAACCAUGAUGGCAUAUGAACAUCUUAGCAAUCAACACAUGUUGUCACAGCGGGAGAAUGACAUGCUUCGCAAAGACUUUAGAGAUGGUCGUCAGUUGUAUCGAAGACUUCAACGAGAGAAGGAACGUAUUGAGAGUAGUAAUGAUGAUUCGACUCGAAAGCUGAAUGGAUUGAAAGAAGAUUAUUGGAGAGUUUUACGCUACACUACAGCAAGCCUACAAAACACUAGCAUGAGAGCAAGCAAGAUCGUUCUGACUUGGAACAGCUGA